AAGAAUUUUUCUGUGAGCUGUUCUACUGAUCCACGACCUGGGAACGAUUUCUGUGUUAAUCUCUGGAUAUUAUACUCUUUUUGGACAACAGACGAGAUGAAGGAUGAAUGCAGGAGUUUGAUGGCAGCUCUGUCUGUGAACGUGCUGACGGUCUACAUGUUCCUGAGUGUCUUCUUCCUUCCAGGAGAUUUAGCUCGAUGUAACCUUCUCAUCUCUGCACCAAAGAAGCUGGAAGCCCUGACUGGAUCCUGUUUAUUGAUCCCAUGCAGCAUCAAAGAUGGAACAGACUUUUUCAACCUACAAGAACUUUCAGGAGCAUGGUUCCCAGUACCUGAAUCCUUUUGGAGAUUUAGAUAUUUGAUGCGCCAUUACCACAUGGAUUCAUUCCCCAUUACAGGAAAUCUGGAGCAGAAGGAUUGUACCACACUAAUUUCUAAUGUGACCACUGAACAUUCAAACACGUUUUACUUUGGAAUCAUGGGUGACUUCAGCGAAAUAGCUCUUUGUGAUCCUGUUGACAUUGAAGUCAAAGAUUCUCCUCAGAGGCCCAGCAUUGAAAUCCCAGCUGAUCUGAAGGAGAAGACGUCUGUCUCCAUCACCUGCUCGGCUCCCACUCCCUGUCCUCACUCCCCUCCUGAACUCACCUGGAAUCUCCAAGCAGACUCUCAGAGACAAACGGAGACAAACACAGAUGGAAGCUUUACAACUAAAAUCCAGAAGACCAUCACUCUGUCAGACACUCAUGAUGGAUUCACCAUCAGAUGUUCUGCCAGAUAUCCUGUGAAUGAAGGACCACCAAAGACAGCAGAGACUCUAAAGACUCUCAGUGUUUCAUAUACUAAGCAGUUCGGUGUCGUCUUUGUUUCAUUGAAGAUUCUGGGAGUCUUAAUGCUUUGUGCAGCAAUCAUCAUUUUUCAGAGUUGGUUUCAAUGCAGAUUCUCCAACAAACCUGAGAAGGACUCAAAUGAAGAAGACUAUGAGAACAUAGUGAUGGAGACCCAAACAUCUGCAGACAUUACAACCAGACCAGGUUGAAGUGCCAGUUUGCUGGUUCAGAUCCCAAGAUUGGCAAAAGACGCUUUAGAUUACAUUUUUUUCUUUGUGACUAAAUGUAAAUGUUGUGCAGUACAUUGUAACAAAUAAAAAUUAUGCAGCACAGCA